ACGAAGAGAGAAGCAGAACCCCGAUUCAGAUCCUGCGGAGGAAAUGGGGUGUUUCUCUUGCUUCCACGGAGUAAGCACCGAGAGAAAAGAACAGAGAAGAGAACAAGAUAGAUUAGCCUCCGCCGAAGCUCGGGCUAAAGCAGCCGAGGCUGCGCAGAAGCGGCAAGAGCAGUUUGAAAAGUCAGCUGCGGGAAGAGCUGCACGUGCUCAGCUACAAGCCACUGCAAAACAAUCUGCAAAUACAAACAAAGGCGAACCAGUUCUAAAGUGGCAGAUGGGAUAAGGUCUUCUUCUAUGUGCAAUUCAAAAUAGUUCAUGUAAAUAGUAGUAAGAUUGGCUUCUGCCCUAUUCUCUGCGUAGCUAGUUACUCUUCCUGGAGCAAUUGAUGAACAUCCCAAGUCAUAUGUGUCCAAUUUGAUUCUAAUUUUUUCAAUUAUCCUGUACAGUUUGAAAAGAAAGUGUAAGACACAUGUUUGUUUACAAUCUCAACCUAGACAUGGUUUAUUUUCACUAUAAUUAUAACUCCCUCUAUUUGAAUUUAAUGGCCAGUCGCCCAUGACUCAGUUCCUUGUACUUUUAGAAUUUAGAUUCCUUGAUUUAGUAUAAUUUGAUAUCAGUAGGAGAAAGUUUUCUGUGAAAUCUGGAUACCAUGUCAGCUGUAUCCAUGUUAU